UACUAUUCAAUUACUAAGACUUAUUUUUGUAUUCCGUCACACAGUUUCCGCGAAUUUUAACUUCCUUUAUCUGCAUCGGUUUUUCGUUUAUAUUAUAUGAGUGAUUUUUGUGUCACCCUGUUCACUAAUGAACUAAAAAAUUUAUCAAUGUGUCUUGCAUGCUAAAAGAUAAUCCCGGAAAUUAUGAUCUUGACCAAUGACUUGUGUUACUUUACAAAAACAAAAUUCUUAAAAGUAAAGUAAAAGAACAUCGCCCAAUAUCUCUCUCUUUUCUUGCCUAUAAAAGCCUAAACAAAAUCUUCCCAAUGGUUAGUCGCAAAAAUGAGUCUUCUCUCGUGCCUUCUAAACGUUCUAGUUUGUUGUGUUUUGGGUGUUACAAGUGUCGUUUCUGUAGGACUUUUGGGUUUUGAAAAAGAAUUAUCCGAUGUAAUAUUAACAACUGCACUUGGAAAAAUUCGCGGUACCUAUUUAACAUCGCAGGCGGGCAAGAAUUUUUACGCCUUUCGUGGUAUUCGUUAUGCUAAACCACCGUUGGGUGCGUUACGUUUUAAAGCCACAUCACCCAUCGAACAAUGGAAUGGAAUUUUUGACGCCACUUUAGAUGGUCCAAUGUGUCCUCAACCGGCUUUGAAUAGUUCAGAUGUUUCAGAAGAUUGUCUCCGAUUGAAUAUUUACACAAAAGAAUUACCAUCAGAGUCGAAUUUGAAUGUCAAACGGCCUGUAAUUGUGUUCAUACAUCCUGGGGGAUUCUAUUCUCUUUCGGGACAGAGUAAAAAUUUUGCUGGUCCGCAAUAUUUUAUGGAUCGAAAUAUUGUAUUGGUGACUUUUAACUAUCGAUUGGGUUCGUUGGGAUUUCUUAGUACCGGUACCAAAGAGGCUCCGGGUAAUGCUGGCUUCAAAGAUCAAGUGCUUUUGCUGAGAUGGAUCAAAAUUCACAUAUCACGAUUUGGUGGUGAUCCAGGUUCAGUUACACUUUUGGGUUAUGGUGCUGGAGCAACAAGUGUCACUUUGCACUUGGUGUCACCAAUGUCAAAAAAUCUAUUCCAUAAAGUGAUUGUGAUGAGUGGAUCUUCGACAGCUCAGUGGAGAAUUCCUGAAAAUCAAUUGGCACUGGCUCAAAGACAAGCUCGGUUGCUUUUGUGUCCUGAUAUUAAUAUCGAACAAAUGAUUGAAUGCCUUAAGCAGAAACAUUAUUUGGAGAUAGCAAACUCACAAGGUAACAUGUUUGAAUUUGGAAGAGGUAACCCUGUUCUCCUUUGGAAACCAGUUAUCGAACCAAAAUUGGGACAAGAUCGAUUUUUGAUUGAAGAUCCAGUUAAAUCCUAUCAAGAUGGAAAAUUUAUGAAAGUUCCCAUAAUCACUGGAUUAACGAAAGAUGAGUUUGUUGGACCUGCUUUAAACAUUUUGGAAAAUGAAGAACUUCGUAAUGCAUUUGAUAAUAAUUUCGACAAAGUUGCACCAGUAUGCUUUUUAUAUAGUGGCGAUUUGGCAAGAUCAAAAAAUGUUAGUGAUGAAUUGAGAAAAUACUAUCUUGGACCGGGAUCACUUCAUCCGAAUAGAUCGUUAGAAGGUUUGGCUAAUCUUUUUGCAGACUCUUUAACAGGUUUUGGAGUGCAUAGAUUUGUUCGUUUAGCUGCUCGACAUACAAAAGUUUAUUAUUAUUUGUUUUCAUAUCAAGGACAAGCAAGUCAUCUUUAUUAUCCUGAAGAUAAACCUUAUGGUGUUGUCCAUCAUGAUGAUCUUCUCUAUUUAUUUGUUGAACCCUCAGUUUCUCGAAUGUUUGCUGAUGAUGAAGAAGAAUAUAAAGUUAUUGAAACUUUAACUAGAAUGUGGACUGCUUUUGCAUAUAAAGGCGAUCCUAACAAACCCAAUGACGAAUAUCUUCGAAAUGUUCGAUGGCGUCCAUUUAGUUUUAAAAAGGAAAACUAUCUUGAAAUCGGAGACGAACUUGUUAUGAAGGAAGGUUUAAAUUUGGAACGCUAUGAAGUUUGGAAGAAACUAUUCCCUUUGCAUUGGAUACGACGACAUAGUAAAAAUGAUGGCAACAAUCUUGAUUAUCCUGAUGCGAAAGAUGUGUUGCAAUAAACUAAAUAAAAAUUAAUUCAAAACUUAAAUUCAUUCUUAUAAAAAUAUAUA